UUUAGAAAUUUCUACCCAACAAGAACAGCGUUCUAGGCGUGACACGUUCUCAUUUUGUUAUAUGUUAUAUGCACAUCCUGCUGAAGAAUACUACUCUACCCCGGCCGACAUUUGACCUUCAAGCACCUGCUAGCAUGUUGUCGUCCAGUACGGCCACUACCAACGGCCCGUAGCGCGAUUUGGCAUUUCGUCGCCGCUAAUUGGAGGAUUGGGGCAAAGGUGGUUCUGUGGAACGACACAUGCAUAGGUAGUACCUGGUAUGCUGUCAUCAUCAUGUACAGCUAUCAAUUGUUACCUGUCUCGGCCCACGGAAACGGUCACGGCUGGGACAGGGGACGUGACGACGAUCAAAUUCCAGUGGUGAUACAUAUAGGGCAGCCAGGAAGCUUAGGAUUUGGUGCUAGGGGGGGUGACUGACUCAGUCUUUGCAUCUUGGACCUUGAGCUUCUAGCUGACUACCAGGCACCUAACCUAUUAGUUCCCUACAUAGGUGUCUAAUAAGUAGCUUCAUUUUAUACUCCAUAUAGCCAGGCGUUUGAAUACAUCCUCCAGAUUCAUGUCACGAUCCUAUCACAUACUAAUUUCAUGAUGCCCCUUUUCGGCUGGGACCCGUCGCCGGGCGCGCUGCUGCUCGUGGCAGUCGGCCUGGCGAUCGUCACUUACAUCGCGUCCGCCUUCACCACUUGGUAUCGCCUCCGACAUAUCCCGGGCCCCUUCCUUGCCUCCUUUUCGUACCUAUGGCUGGCGCGCGUUGCGAAGAGCGGAAGGCAGUUCUGGAUAUAUCGAGACAUGUAUAAGAAAUACGGCCCCCUGGUUAGAGUCGGUCCAAACGAGCUCUCCACGUACGACCCGGAGGUUAUCAGGAAGAUGAACGGGGCUAGGAGUUCUUACGGAAGAGACCCAUGGUAUGUGGCCGCGCGGUUUGAUCCGUACCACGACAAUGUCUUCACGCUUCUCGAGGCAGGGCCUCAUGACAGGUUCAAGGCAAAGAUUGCUGGCGCGUACGGUGGCCGCGAGACACCGGCCCUCGAGCCAGGGAUCAAUGAUCAGAUCGAAGCGCUUCUGGAUCUACUGCGCCGCAAAUACGCCUCCGACGAGAGCUCUGGGGAGUAUCUCCCCGUAGACUUUGCGGAGCUGAUAUCUUUCUACACCGUGGACGUGAUCACGCGGUCGGCUUUCGGGAAGGAGUUUGGGUGCCUCAAGACGGACACGGACGUGCACGGGUUUCUGGGCUCGGUCACGCACAGCUGGGCCGACUUGGCCGUGCCGCUUGACGUCCCCUAUGUUCGAAACAUACUGUUUUCUCCGCUGUGGCUUAGACUCUUCGGCCCGAAGCCGACUGAUCCGACGGGAAUGGGGAAGCUCAUGGGAAUAGCGAAGGAGGUCGUGUCGCAGCGAUUCGGCCCCGACAUAAAAGAGAAAGAAAAGGACAUGCUCGGAUCAUUCAUCAACCACGGACUAGACCAGCAAGAAUGCGAAACAGAAGCCCUGUUCAUGAUCAUCGCCGGCUUUGAAAACACCGCCUCGGUCAUCCGCACGGCUUUCCUGUACCUGAUGACGAAUCCCCGGGUGUAUCGCAAGUUCAAGGAGGUGAUUGCGGAGGCUGUCCGCGAGGGCCGGGUGUCGAGCCCCAUUACGCACGAAGAGGCGAAGAGGAUUCCUUACUUACAGGCCGUCAUAUACGAAGGCAUCCGCAUGCGGCCCCCGGCGCCGGGCCUGUACCCCAAGUGCGUGCCCCCCGAGGGCGACAUCAUCCACGGGCACUUCAUCCCCGGCGGCACCGCCAUCGGCAUGAACACCGCCGCCGUCAUGCGGUCCACGGACCUCUUCGGCGCCGACGCCGACCUCUUCCGCCCCGAGCGCUUCAUGGAGGCCGACGAGGGCACGCGCGCCGAGAUGGAGAGGAACACCGAGCUCGUCUUUGGCUACGGCCGCUGGAUGUGUGCGGGGAAGCCGGUUGCGUUUAUGGAGAUGAAUAAGAGCUUCUUUGAGUUGAUGCGCGAGUUCGACUUCCAGCUCGUCAACCCGAUGAUGCCGUGGGAUUCGGAAAGUUAUAGCCAGUUUGUGGAGGAGAAUAUGUGGGUUAGGGUUACGAAGUCGAGCGCGGUUUAGGUACCUAUGGAUAGGUAGGUAGGUAGGUUGGUAGGCGCGCUCUUCUGGGGGAGCGAUUGGCUGGGUUUGUUGGUGGUUUGGUAGGUAGGUAGGUAGGUAGGUAUCUUGGGUGCCUACCUGGGGUUCUUUAUGGUAUAGGACUGGGGGUGUUCAGGGGUAUGUCGGAUGGAUAUGAUAUAUGCAUCGGAUAUCACUGUACAUCAAGUCCAAAAUGAUAAAUAUAUACUACCUAGGUAUAUGAUGUUGGACCACAUUCAAGAGAAAGAGACGAGUCACAAGUUCCAAGGCUGAGAAGAAAUGAAGUGAC